CGUGAAUAAUGUUGAGAUUCAAAACAGAAUUGCAUCACUUUGCAUGCUUUGAUUUAAUUUAACGUGAACAAAGUCAAAUGGUAUAUAUCUAUAUAUACGAACCAACGUGAAUGUUUUCGAAGACGCAUAAACCAGAAGCCAAGAGUUACUUCAGAUUUCAAUAUAUAUCAUGAUGAUUAAGAGACAGGAAACACAGAACCCAAUUUCCACCAACUUCGUUUCGGUGAGUGUAGCAUGAUUUAUUGAAUACGCUAUUUUACUCUUAGUUCUUUAUCAAUAUAGCGCUUAUGGUGUCAGUCACUGUUGGUUUAGUCGUCCUGUUUACUAAUGUAUCAACCAUAUCUGAUUUUUUUAAAGGACACGUCAAUCUUGUGUAUAUUAUGAUGUCAGUCACCACCAUUCUAUUACUUCUACUUGCAUUCGUGAGAGGAAUUCGAUCGAAUGAUUACGCUGUUCGAAUACUACUUUGGAUUGUGGUUAUAUUGUGGUCUGUGAUCUUUGCUUCUGCGUUCUUACCAAUCGGGUGGAAAUAUGUUUUGAUAGCUUUAGCUGUGACAAUAAUUUUUACUGUUUGGGUUGUCUUGGUGGCCAUGAAACUGCCUCCAUUGAGUAAAAAGGGGUUCAUCAUAUUUUUGGCAAUAUCAGACGUGCUUGGGGUUUCAGCUAUAGUUGUAAGGAUAUGUUAUUCCUUGAUCACUCAACCAGAAGUUAAAUCGAUAAUCUACAUAUUGCUGGGAGUUCCAGUCGCGUUAUUUAUACUCUCCGUGAUGUUUAUUUGUGUCAAUACUCGAAGGUGGAUGAUGCGGUGGUUUCCCGUCAACUCCAUGGAUUUUAUUCUUGCCUUCGUCAUUUGGUGUCACAUGAUAAGCUUAUUCGCACAAAUUUAUCCCAGACUAACAUUAUAAGUAGCUCAAGACACAUGAAGGCAUUUGAAAAAGAAAUACUGAUUUGUGGAAUGGCUGUCGAAUUGUUCUCGUUGACAAUGCAUCAUCAUUUUUUUAAUUUGCCGAAAAUUCCAUUUAUUCAUAGCUGAGUUUGCUUUCGAUUUCACUUGUGUUGACGUCUUUCGUACAGUGAAUAAGGUAAUUUUUGUAAAUAUUAAAUCCGCAAAUACAAAGUUUUCUAUAGUUUGGUUUGUAAGGGUUAGUUAUCAUCUACGAAUCGGUACCUAUUUCUGAUUGUUUUUCACAUGUUUGUACAGUGAAUUGAUGCAUAUUUCAAAAUUUCUUCUGAAGAAACAACCAAAAUUUAAUUUAUAAUUCUCAGCACAACAAACGUUCUGGUAGUUUGUAAAUAUGAUUCCAUGGUAAAAGUGUGCAGUUUGAAUUCACACCUUGAGAAGUAUCAUUCAAAUUACAUUCUCGUACGUUAAGAAAAAAGCUUAAACGUCUUAGUCGAUCCGCAUUCUCAAUAAACUAAGCUCGAGAGUGAGGUGCAUUGUGUAUAGGAGUGGCAUGUUUAUUAUAGUAAUAAUAUGUGUUAACUUGUGUGAGAAAUCAAUUUCAGUUACUGAUGAAGAGCGUCAAAUGACUCAUUUAUAGUCUUUAGUGUUAAGUCAGUCAAAGGAUGUUUUCAGCGGAAUUACUGUGAGGAAAUUUAGCGCCAUAUCAUAUGGAGUGAGAUUAAGUGAUAGUGUGGUUGUGUGACAGACAAUGUGUUACAAUGGAGUACUACUCUCACAUAUUCCCACAGUUCCAUGCAGCAUUAGCAACAGAAAACGAUAUAUCUGUUUGAAAAUUCUGUUCGUUGCUAGAGUACAAAUAUUAUUACCACAUUUCAGAAGUACGUCAGCGACAGAAUACUAUGUGUGCAUUUGAACAUCCUAUUUCAUAUCGUUUAGUGUAAGCCAAAAUCACAUGCUCAAUGAUUGGUUAGAUAAUAUAAACUAUAUAUAUGUAUAUAUGUAUAUGAAAAUAUGCCUUGGCUUCCGUGUCUUUCCGUCCGUACACACAAUAGAAGAGACUUGAAAUCCAUUUGUCUUCAUACUUACAACUUUUACUUUAUGAGCACACUUUCAAUCGUUUAAUAUGAAGUGAAUGAGAUGGCAAUUUAGAAUAACGGGCAACUUAGCGAACAAAUGUUUACUUUUCAAUCUGACUUUCAUCUUUACUCCAAUAUAUACUGACUUUUCAAAACAUACAAACAGUUUACCAGUCUAUUUGAAAUAUGCCUUUCAACAACAAUUAGUCAGUAUUAACAUGUGAAAGGAAGGAUAAUUAACGAAGGAAAUGAAUACAAACAAUAAACGUGGAGAAAUCGUUACUACGACUGAAUUUUAUAGUGCAUAAUUUCGAGAAAAAUGAAGAAAUGAUAGAGUGAUUGAUUUGGUUGCGUGAUACAUACAUACAUACAUACAUACACUUUAAAGCUACCUGAUGGAAACACAUAAAGGCGUCUAUAUUUUCUGCAGCGAACAGUGUGUGUUGAAUAAUGCAAUCGCUUCCAUAAUUUGUAGAGAGUGGAAGUUUAUAUCUAAAUGGAUUAAUCGCAUAAAC